CGGGCGCGCACGCCGCCGGGACGGGAAGUGAGCCGCCGGGCCCCCAGUGCGCGCCAGCAAGCCAGGGAGCGGUCCUGCCGCAGCGUGCGCCCGGCCCGAAGCAUGGCGGCCGCCAAGGUGGCUUUAACCAAGAGAGCAGAUCCUGCUGAGCUUAGAACAAUAUUUUUGAAGUAUGCAAGCAUUGAAAGAAAUGGCGAAUUUUUUAUGUCUCCCAAUGACUUUGUCACUCGAUAUUUGAAUAUCUUUGGAGAAAGCCAACCCAAUCCAAAGACUGUGGAACUUUUAAGUGGCGUGGUGGAUCAGACCAAAGAUGGGUAUGUUCACUUUUAGUUAUCUUAUUUGAUUUUUUUUUUAUUCCAAACCAUCUUCUUUGGCUCAGUGAUCAGAAGUCAUUAAUAUAAAUCUUCCUGUCUCCUCAAAGCAUUUUUUCUCUACCUGUUACUAUGAAGACAUUAUUUUAGAAAUAGUACCCUUAAUAUUUCCUUUCAGUGGUCAUUUCACAGUUGGAUUUCAUACUAUGUUUAUUUUUUGACUAGUGUAAAGGCCUCUUUAUAGUGUGAUAAAGCUUGUAUAAUCGGUGCUGUGAAGAUUUGAAUGUUAUGUUGGUAUUUUUCAAGGUAGCUGUAAAAUUGCGAGUAAAUUUAAGCAUAGCUAUGUGGAUGGAGCUUUUUAAUAAUCCUUUCCUCUGUCCCAGUCACCUUUAAAAUUCCACAAAAGAUUGAGGGAUUAGAUUUAGAAGACAGGAUAAUGUGGUGAUUCCAAACCACCAUGAAAGGCAUUCUACAGUGUGGAGGAGAGAGACUACACUGCAUAGACACUUUGUAAAAUACCAUUGGAUUUUCUCUGCCUAAGCCCUCCUCCCCUCCCCAGAAGUCAUAAAUCUUGCCUUAUUUGAAAGAAGAAUCUUUGAAAAUGAUAUUAAGAAUUUUGGGAUGAAAAGAUUACCCUGUCUUAUCUGGGUGGGCCCUAAAUUCCAUCACAAGUUCCAUUAUCAGGUAAAAGCAGGGGGGAAUUUGACUCAGACACAGGGGAGGGAUAGGAGGAGGCAAUGUGACCACAGAGGUGGAGACUGGACUGAUGUGGCCACAAGCUAAGGAGUGCCUGGAGCCACCAGGAUCUGGAAGAAACACAGAGCCUUGGAGGGAGUCUCUGGCUUUGCUGACGCCUUGGCGUGUAACUUCUGGUUUCCAGAGCUGUGCUAGAAUAUAUUCUUGCUGUGUUAAGGCACCAAAUUUGUGUUAAUUUAUUAUUUUUUUUGAUAAAAAUUGUAUAUACUAUGCUAUGCAACAUAUUUUGAGAUAUGUAUACAUUGUGGAAUGGCUUAAUUCAAACUAAUCAACAUAUUCUUUUUAUGGUGGUAUGGGGUUUGAACUCAAGUCCUUAUUAGGACUUAUUAGGCAGGCAAGUUACCAUGUGAGUCACUCCCCCAGCCUUUUUUUGUAUUAGGUAUUUUUGAGAUAGGACCUCUCAAACUAUUUCCCUAGGAUGGCUUUGAACUAUGAUUCUUCCAAUCUCUACCUCCUAGGAUUGCAGGUGUGAACUGCCAGUGCCCUGCUCAGACUAAUAAACAUAUUCAUUACCUUACAAACUUUUUUAUGUGU